AAAGGGCAGCACAGUCCACACCAGUUUUUGUUUUUGUUCUAUCCAAGAUCUCUGGUCUCUGCUGUCUCCUAGGGUUCGGAACAAAACUCCAAACUUUGCCAGGUUUAGUGUUUAUCAGAAUCAUGGACCAUGAUGACUGCGAUUUGAGAUGCGGACCUGGGGGCCCUGUCCUUCGCAGGGUUCGAAAUCAAGGCCCAAGUUCCAUAGGUUGGGCUUUGACAAUUCUUUCGGCAAUGGAAUAUACGCUGGCAAGGAUUAACCCUGCGGAUAAUGAAUUGUCACUACAAUUUAUUAUUUACACAUUACGGGAGUACCUAAUUGCUAGGAAACUUAUUCAAGAUGAUGCACGCACUUGGAGGGGGGACUAUGAGGUGCCAAUGCUUGAAGUAUUCCGCUGGUUGAUGUUACAUGGAGUAGCAAAAGAAUCUGAGUGCAAAUCGCUUGCAAAAGUCUUUCUUGAUUCUGGGAUGACAGUGGCAUAUCUCCAAGACUACACAGUGAUUAACGUAGAGAAUGAAGAAUUAAUGCUGAAUUUAUUAAGUGAUGGAUUUUGCCUAUGUGCAACCAUUCAGAUUUUUGAAGACUUAAAAGAAUACAAGCAUGAUGAAAAUUCGGUCUAUGAAGCUACUGCUGAAGAUAAAGAAUUUGUUUCACAUGCGGUGCUAAUUACAGGCUUUGGAACUACUCCAAUAACAAGGAAAAAAUUCUGGUGGAUUAAAAACAGUUGGGGUGAGGAAUGGGGGGAUAAAGGUUUUGGAAGAAUAUACAGAGGGUAUGAUGCAAUUCACCCAAGAACUGGUCAGGGAAACCCCAAUCUACUUAAAGAAGUAAUUGUAUGUAGGGUUGUUAAGGAGAAAGUACUUGAUUGAUAGAAAUGGUGUUUGUUAGGAAAUGGUGUUUGUUAGGAAGGCAUUUGUCAUUUACAUUUUAAGUUUCACUUUAGGCACAUGGUUUUUUUUUUUUUUUUUUGUGGGUAUUUGGCUGAUGAUUUACAAGAUAGUCUUAUCCUUUUGCCAUUGAUAUUGAUUGUAAAAUUAUCUUCUAUGGUUGAACUGCGAUUAUUCUUAGUAUAUAACCAAUUAUAUUCCUUUUCCCUGA